AUACCCAAAACAGUUGGUUUCUGUUGUCUAUCAUGUCAUGUCGAACCUUGACGGUGGUCACUCGAACUCCUUUAUCUCACACUGCGGCCGCAUUAGUCGUGUUCUCGGUUCGUAUAUAGAACAUCGGAAUCGCUAGACGGUGUGUACCCUGGGAUGUCGAACUCAGACACUUAUACAACUUUUUAGGUAUCAUUGGGUCGAAAUGUGCUGCAGUAGCUGUUGGGUUGCACACUACUCCGAUCGCCGCUGAAGACCUCGUACCUUAUUCACUCUGGCCCGAGUUUGCCUUCGAUCGGCAGUGUCUUCUCUCCGUGAUGAUCUCUGUGCCCUGCAGCUCGAUGUGAUUCGUCCAUUGGCUUAUUGCGCAUCACUGAUGCUCGUCAAUUUCCGUAGGUGACUAUGUACCAAUCCUCCUGCUUCAGAAAAUACCUACGCAUUGGCCGGCAAUAUCCUGUCUUGUUCAAUCCUUAGAAAGGGUCUGAUGCAUCACGCAGUUCUACCAUCUCCCUCCAAGACAUUCUACCUCGCACAAUGCUUUUUAAGGCUUACCCAGCGUACUCUGUCAAAUCCAUUGCCGAUUCCUACGACUUCAUCAUCAUAGGCGGUGGGACCGCUGGUUGCGUCUUGGCUAAUCGACUGAGCAAAGAUAGGAAUGUUACGGUUCUCCUUCUAGAGAAAGGCGGUGUCUCUAAUGGAUGGAUAUCACGUGUCCCUAUUCUUUCGUCAGCCUUUGUGGGUGAUUCAAGUCGUAGCCGUCACUGGAAGUGUCAGCCGCAACAACAUGUCGAUAAUCGGGUAUUAGAACUCACCACUGGUGAAUCACUUGGAGGAACCUCCAAGAUUAAUGCGAUGCUGUACACUCGCGGCUUGCCAGCAGAAUUUGAUGGGUGGAGUGCCGCAGGCUGCAACGGCUGGAGCUACGCUGAAUUGAAGAAGUACUUCACGCAGUCGGAGCGGGCUCUUGAUGAAAGUGUCCAGAAUCUAGAGGCAUUCCAUGGUGUUACCGGGGAAUGGGAGAACCGAUCUUACGGGACGAUGCAGUGGGAACAUUCAAAUCACAUAAUACGAGCUACCAGUGCAAUGGGAAUUCCAUAUGUCGAAGACCUCAAUUCUCCUCUUCAACCUCCUCAUGGAUGUGCUAAAAUGCACUAUACUAUCAACAAGACAGGCGAGCGGAGCUCGACUUUGAGUGCAUUCUUGCCAGACAGUAUAGUGCAUGAAAGAAAAGGCCACCUUCACGUUUGCACUUUUGCUCACGUAUACAAGGUAUCAGUACAAAGCGACGCAACGAGUCAGCUGCGAUGCGAAGGCAUCUAUGUAGAGGAUGCGAGGACCGGCGACAAACCACGGUUCAUAAGAGCUCGAAGGGAGAUAAUCCUCUCCGCUGGUGCGCUUGCCUCCCCCAAAGUUUUGAUGCUUAGCGGUAUUGGCCCAGUUGACCAUCUUCGCGAGCAUCAUAUAUCUCCCGUCAAAGAGUUGUCUGGCGUCGGGACUCAUCUGCAAGACCACCUCGCAGUUCCCAUGCAAUACCAAGUGCCUUUGCACGAUUCGCUGGUCAAGCUGCAACUUCAGCCUUUGUUGUUUCUUAUAGAAAUCGUCCUCUACUUGUUCUUCGGCCGGGGGCUCCUGUUAUGCCCCGUUGUCGAGCUGUCUAUUUUCAUCCAGACACGAUUAUUCGACAAAACCAUGCGCCGAAUGUUCUCAUCUGAAAAGAAUUGCGAUGCCUCCUUACCAGAGAACCUCCCCGACGUGGAGGUUAUGCCGGUUUCAUACGGGAAGCCGGACGAUUGCACACUUAGCAAGCAAGGAGGACUGGCUUUCUUGACUGCACUGUUGCGGCCGCUUUCUACUGGCACUGUACGACUCGCUUCAGGAGACCCGCUGGAUGAACCUGUUGUAGACCCCAAUUAUCUCGCUAGCAAACACGACAUGGAAGUCCUUCGUCGUGGGCUCAAGUUUGUGAAGCAACUUAAGCCACACAUGGUUACACAGGGGUAUCGGAUAACUGACCAUCUUGUCCCUCGGGAUGACCCGGACGGUGACCUGGACGCUUUUAUCCGAAAGCACUGUAUGACGACCUUUCACUAUACUUCAACUUGUCGUAUGGCAUCAGAGAAAGAUGGCGGUGUUGUGGACAGCCAGCUCCGUGUUCAUGGAGUUCAAGGCUUACGAGUCGCUGAUGCAAGUAUCUUCCCUUACAUACCUGGCACUCACUUGGCUGCUGUUGCAGUUCUUGUUGCAGAAAAAUGUGCAGAUAUGGUCCUUCAAAGCUUUCGAGAAGAUCAAGCAAGCUAAAGUAGAGCGCAUAGCGUCCGCAUGAUAUGUACUGGCGUACUCGGACAUAAUACUCGAAUAGUAGUGGUGCUUAUA